AUGUCAAAAAGAGAUACGAGAAAACGUGAAGCGAAUUCUAGUUCUACCUGUGAAUUUCCAUUUUCCAAAAAGAAAACUUUAUCGUCAAGAUUUAUAUGUUCAUACGCUUAUCCAAAAUUACAUUUUUCAGAACUUCCUCUAAUAAUUAUAGGCACAAUUAUUCUUGGUUACCUCGUCAACCCAACUUCCAGAAACCCUUUUUCAAAAUUCUUAUUCAUCGCAUAUCAAAUUGGAUCUCAUGAUCAUGAUCAGAUGAAAUUUACAAAAUCCUCUUACGGAAAAGGAUUAUGGGAUUUGUGCUUGAUCUCUUUUUGGGUUGUAGUUUUCACUUUUACGAGGGAAGCAAUCAUGCAAUAUGUGCUCAAACCACUGGGAACUUGGGCUGAAAUCAAAAAAAGUAAACUUACACGAUUCAUGGAGCAGGGUUACGUGGUUAUUUAUUAUUCAAUAUCUUCGGCUGUUGGAGUGUAUGUGAUGCGCCAAAGCCCUUACUGGUAUUUUGAGACGAAGUACUUUUGGAUUGACUAUCCUCAUUUUCAUCUGAGUGCAUUAGAAAAAUAUUAUUAUCUCAUUCAAUCUGGAUUUUGGCUUCAACAAGUCGUGAUUCUCAUUUUGAAUCUCGAGAAACCUCGAAAGGAUUUUCUUGAACUAGUUGCCCAUCAUAUUAUUACAUGUAUAUUGAUCGGUGGGAGUUAUUCAUCUAAUUUUACGAGAGUAGGGAACGCAGUUUUCAUCACCAUGGAUUUUUCGGAUAUUUGGUUGGCGUUUGCCAAAUGUCUUAAAUACCUCAAAUUCCCGACACUAAUCACCGAUUCGAUUAGUCGAGUCUUGCUUACCGGAGAUCAAUCCGUGUAUUUGGGAUCCGUUGAAUGGGUAUUGGCUGCACAAAUGGACUCGAUUCAUUAUCGCACUCGGCCUGAUGUUGCUACAAGUGCUAAUGAUUUAUUGGUUUGCGCUAAUUCUGCGUAUUGCUAUUCGAGUUGUAAGUGGAAAGAAUGCUGA